AUGAAGGCAAUCCGUGAUAAUGGCCGCAAGGUAGCACGGUUUAUCCCCGACCGGAUCGGGCGAAUGGUAGUGGCAUAUAUUGCAUGGCUACUUCCGACCAAGAGGGUACUACGGCAGGAAUGUCAGCUUAACGAGCCGCAUGGAGAGCAGCUUGAGUAUAUGUGGAGGGAUGGCAGCUCGUCGGUAUGGGAAACCGACCGGCUCAGUAAGAAGCUUGCUCAUGUUAUGCAGGCCGGGACAGGGGUCAGACUAGGGGUAGGACGAUAUCGGGCGAUUGCAAUCGAGAUGGGACGGAGGAUUCGAGGACUCGUGAUAAGGCAGCUAGAAGGUAAGAUGGAUGAUGAGGAUAAGGAUGAAAAUGUCGAGAUCGACCCGAUCACAGGUGAGCCGGUUGACUGUGGAGGAAGCUGGAAUAUCGUGUGGGAUCUACAGUCGACACACGGAACACGCAUUGCAAGGCAGCACUACGCCGUACAUAUCGGCUUCCCGGGCAAGCUGCAGCCGGAGAUGAUUGCGACAUUCAAGGAGAUCAGCAAGCUGUGGCAUCAGUUUUUAGAGAGUGCAGAAGAAGGAAAGGAGAAGAAGGUACCGAAACGCAAGCAGGGUAGUCAGAAGACCGACAAGCAGCAGCAACAACAAGAGCAGCAGCAAUCAACUAAUAGUCCGGCCCAGAUGACUACAAGCAGCAAGCGAAGAAAGACUACUCAAGAGGAGGAACUGGCUCAGAAGAAGGAGAUGAGUGAGAAGAAAAAGAAGAAGCUAGAGGACGAGAUGGCGGAUGGGCUGCGAAAGCUGCUUGGACCGAAGGCGACUUGGCGAUCCGACAAGCAAGCUGAGAGCAUGCGAUCGAUUAUGGCGCUCAAAGCAGAUCAGACGGCAAUUAACGUACUGCCGACCGGUGCCGGCAAGAGCAUACUGUUCAUGCUGCCGGCCGUGAUGGAGGAUACAGGCACAAGCAUCGUGGUCGUGCCGUUUGUUGCACUGAUGGACGACUUGGUCACGAGAGCAACAGACAUGGGGGUCGACUGCAUCCGAUACAGGUCAUCGAUGAAUUCGGGGCGAGAGGGCAUGCCGAGGGCAGCACGGUUAAUCGUCGUCAGUGCCGAUAUCGUGUCAAGCGCCGAGUUUUCCGGGUACGUUGACGGGCUGUCAUGUACAGGGCUGCUGCAGCGGAUAUUCGUAGACGAAUGUCACACUGUUAUUAUGGAUAUCGGCUACCGGGCUAAGCUUGGCGAGCUAGUAGGCUUACGUCGGUUCGGCUGCCCGUUGGUACUGCUCACAGCAACGCUGCCCGUUGUGCUAGAGGAUUGGUUCCGCGGCGAGAUGCUGGCAAAGUCGGCAAUCAUGGUGCGGGAUCGGACGGUCAAGCUGAACUGCCGCUACGAGGUUCAGCAGGUCAAGCCCGGGCGCGAUGCUGUCGAGGAUCGUACGGUUGAGGUAAUCAAGCAGCUAGAUCAAGACAUGACGGGUCGUCAGAAGGGGGUCAUAUACUGCCGGUCCAAGAGUCAAUGCGAGGCGAUUGCUGACGAGAUCGGCUGUGGGUUUCAUCACAGCGGCAUGGGCGAACAGGACCGUUACGAGGUGCGGACGGCAUGGAUAGAGGGCCGUAACACAAGCCGAUGGAUCGCAGCAACAACCGGGUUAGGGACAGGCAUCGACAUCGAGGGGAUCGUGGCCGUGGUUCACAUGGAGAAGCCGUACGGGCUCGUUGAUUUUGUGCAGCAGAUUGGCCGAGGAGGGCGCCGGGCAGGCGAGGUAGUCCGGUCCGUCAUCAUACACAAUGGACAGCGGCAACUAGAGGAUCAACAUCGAAGCUAA